UUGGCAUUGAGUGAGUUUACUUUAAUUUGUGAAAAUUUGUAUUAUAAGUGAAGACUAGGCAAAAAUGAUCACAAAGUUGUUUGUCAUAUUCUUUGUGCUGUUUUUAAAGGAUGGUGAAGCCACACCAAACGAAUUGUACAGACCGAGAUCGUUCACCGAUUUGUUGUUCAAACAAAAUUCAGUUACCGAAUUGAAUAUCGAAGAUUUCAUGUAUAUUGGAGAACCGAUAUAUGUCGCAUGUGUAAGCAACGAAAAUCAAACCGAAUUUGACAUGGAAGAAGUCAAUUGUGCGGGUGGAGUGUCCCAAGACUUAAUUAAAAAGUUGAGUAAUGGAAAAGGCAUUUCAUUGUUUUUUCAUGGAAUCGGCAAUAGAAUUUCUAAAGACGGGCGGUUUUUUGAAUUUGCCAAAGAAUGGUUUGCUGCAUCUCAAAAAAAUAUUUGUGCAAUUACGUAUGCAUUUUAUGAGUCAACCACAUUGAUGAAUGUUGUAUUCCAUUUGCACGAUAUGGUGCGAACGAAGCGAAUAGAAUUUGUGGCGAAGCAAGCGCGUGACUUGGUGUUGGGUGUUCGCGAUUAUUGUAUAAAAAAUAAACGAAAGACGAGUCUUAAACGUAUGUCCGAGGUUGAUGUGACUGGUUUCAGUUAUGGUGCCCAUAUCGCAAGCAAAACGUGUCAAUACUUGUUUUGGAAAACGAAACAAAAAGUCAAGAUGUUAUUGGCUUUGGAUCCGGCUAAAAUACCAUUCUUUUUAUCGAAGCCAAAUCCGGCCAUCAGCAAAAAUGACGCUGAAUACGUGCAAGUGAUUCACACAUCCUUUUAUGGUAUGAAUGAAAGAGUGGGUCACGUUGACAUCUUUGUCGACUAUAAGUCAGAUGGGGGUCAAGUGAAACAUGCAUUGGCACUUUAUGUGCAUGUUGCAACAGCAACACGAAGACUUUUCAUGAUGGCAACCGACAAAGGAAAUGGUACGGUGACAAAAGGUCGGGGACAAACAACACCAACACCAAAACGAAAUGAAUGCUUGAUUGGUUUAUACGGUACGAUGAAUCGAAAUAACGAUGGGAAAAGAUUCGAAUUUUCACUGACAAAACAUAAGAUACCGUUUUGGCAUACCGUUUGCGAGUAUCGAAACAGUGAAAUGUUCUUUAUGGAAGAGCCAGAAGACGAUAGCAGUAGUUUCAUUGAUAUUACCGAAUCAAGUCUUACCGACGAUUUGCCUUCAACGUCAUUUGAAUCGACGGCACAAGAGUCGUCUUCGGCUCCGACACAAGCAUCACCCUCGAGAUCAUUUGAAGCGACGGCAAAAGAGUCGUCUUUGACAUCAUUUCCAUCCCCGUCAGAAGAACUACACAGAAGAUCAUUUCAAUCGACGCCACAAGCGUCGCCUUCAAAACCACUUAAAACAGCCAAAAAAACGUCGCAUUUGAAACCAAAAAUAGCGACAAUACAAGAAUCGCCUUCAGGAUCAUUUGAAGCGACGGCACAAGUGUCAUCUUUGACAUCGUUUUCGUCUCCGACAGAAGCAUCGCCCAGAAGUUCAUUUGAAACGACGGGACAAGAGUCGCUUUUGACAUCGUUUCCAUCCCCGACAGAAGACCCAACCAGAAAAUCAUUUCAAGCGACGCCUUCAAGACCACUUAAUCCAGCAAAAAAAGCGUCGGCUUCGAAAUCGAAAACUACGACAAGAGAAGAAUCGCCAGCGAUAACAUACUUCAAAAGAUAAGAUAUAAUUAAAAUUAGCAAUUCGAGAACUUGAGCUUUUUUGGAAAAACCUUUCGACAAGCUCAACACGUUUUUUCUUGUUCUUAUUAAUUGAUCAUUGAAUUGAUGUAAAUUUGAUUGAAUAAAAAGAUCGUUUUUAUUCUCUUCGAUUGACGUACAUUCACUCGAAA